UACAUUCGAACCAUGUACUUGGGCAUCCAGAGCCAGAGGCAGAAGGAACACCAACGUCGCUUUUAUUGGGCUAUGAUGUAUGAAUAUGCAGAUGUCAACAUGUUGCGCCUCCUUGAGACAUUCCUGGAGAGCGCCCCCCAACUGGUGCUACAACUCUGCAUAAUGGUACAGAAGAACCGGGCGGACACACUUCCAUGUGUCUCCUCUGUGGCCUCUCUGAUGUCCCUAGCUUGGGUGCUAGCCUCCUAUCACAAGCUUCUACGGGACUCCCGGGACGACAAGAAGAGCAUGAGCUACAGAGGGGCGCUCAUCCACCUCUUCUGGCGCCUUUUCACCAUCUCGUCCCGCGUUAUCUCCUUCGCUCUCUUCGCUUCAAUCUUCCAGCUCUACUUUGGGAUCUUCGUAGUGGUCCACUGGUGCAUCAUGGCCUUCUGGAUCAUUCACGGCGGGACGGACUUCUGUAUGUCCAAGUGGGAGGAGGUCCUCUUCAACAUGGUGGUAGGGAUCGUGUACAUCUUUUGCUGGUUUAACGUGAAGGAAGGCCGGACCCGAUUUCGAAUGUUCGCUUAUUACGCUGUUAUCCUGACGGAGAACGCCGCCUUGACGUUCCUCUGGUACCUCUACAGAGACCCCGACACAACGGACUCCUUCGCCGUGCCAGCGCUGUGUUGCGUUUUCCUCUGCUUCGCCGCCGGGAUCGCCUUCAUGCUCCUGUACUACGGCGUGCUGCACCCCAUGGGGCCGCGGGCGGAGAUCUUCGCCAGCUCCUGCUGCGCCGAGCUGCUCUGGGGCAUCCCCCUGCCCCCCGACGUGGAGCCCAUGGAA